UAUUUUUCAAAUAAGCAUAUAUUAUAAAUUUAUACCCAAAAGAUCAAAUCACUAUGCUCAAUAGCUCAUUUACUGUGUUAGUAGAAAAGACAAAAAAAGAGAAAAAAGUAAAAUUCAAUAAAAAAAAAAAAUUUUAAAAAAAAAUAAUAAUAAAAAAAAAAACAUGGUAGUACUAUGAGGAAGAAUAACCAAUUAAAAAUACUAAUAUAAUAAUAAAUGACUUUUCUACAAAUAGUAGGAAUAUUACUCUUCUAGUCUUCUAUAAGUAGGACUUUACACAAUUUAGGGCUACCACUCUUCACUACACAACUAGCAACAUCUUUGCUCCUCAGAGAUUCUUAAUAAAUAAGGGGAAAAAAUGUUGGUAAAUUCAAUGGCAAGUUAUUAUGAAAUGGGAAAUUCUUCAAAUAUUAGUUAUCCAAAUACUAAUAACUUUCUUCUAAGGCCAACAAUUCAAGAAAACACUACAAAUAACGCUAUAAAUCACAACAUAAUAGCUAGUGCAACCACUAUUUCUCCUUCGUCUAUGUUAUGCUCUUCAUCAAAGGCAGGGUUGUCUCCUGAGGCUAAAGCUCUAGCAGCUUGCAAGAGUCACAAGGAGGCCGAAAGGCGCCGUCGCAAGCGUAUCAACGGUCACUUUGCCACCCUACGUUCCGUCCUCCCUAACCUUGUCAAAACAGACAAGGCCUCGGUGUUGGCAGAGGUGGUCCGGCGGGUGAGGGAGCUAAAAAAGGCCACCUCGGAAUUGACAGGGGAUGGACAUGAGGAUUACGAUGGGUGCAAUGCUUGUUUGCUUCCGGGGGACAUAGAUGAGGUUAGCCUACGACGUAGUGAAAAUGACAAUACUACCCUCAUUGCUACCUUGUGUUGUGAGGAUAGGCCUGAGCUUAUAUUGGACUUGACAAGGGCAUUAAGGUCAGUUAAGGGUAAAGUUGUGAAGGCGGAGAUGGCCACGGUAGGGGGUCGGACCAAGAAUGUUUUAUGGGUUCGAGGCGUUGGUGGUGGCGGGCCGGAGGGGCUGCUGAAACGGGCUUUAAAAGUGGUGGUGGACAAGGCACCUUCUUCUUCUGGGUUGGGCCAUGGGCUAAGGAUGCACCGACCGUAUUAAUUGGGAAGUGUGUUGGGCUGGGCCUGUAAUAUUGGCAGUUAAGUAUACAGUUGGAAAAUCCUAACUAACAAAUAUAUGUACUCUAUGUUUUUCUAACUGUCAAUUAGAAAGAGAAAAAAAAAAGGUAAGAUAGAAGUUGUAUUAUGUUAAUGUAUGCAGCUUGUACUAGUUAGUAACUUUAUAUGAAUAUGAUGAUAGUUUGGGAAUCUGAA